AUGAGUCAGCGCAGCAACGGGGUCUUCAUCAACGACCCCAAGGGCCUCUUUAUCCUCCGGUUGUACCGUGAGGUGAAAAGGAACAGAGCGUGCAAGUACUACAAGCUGACGAGCGACAACGAUGGGGAGGCCUUCCGCUGGACCAGCAACUACCAGAUCAUCAGCAAGGUGUACCUGAAGAAGCACUCCCCCCUGCCUCUCUGCUAUUCUCUCAGUGCGGCAGACAAGAAGAUGGUGCUCCUCCUCGUCGGCGCGAACGGCGCCGGCAAGUCGACCCUGCUGCGUGUGGCGGCGGGCGAGUGGCCGCUGCUGGCGGGCGAGGUGGCGCGGAAUUGCGACGACGCGGCGCACCGCGUGAGCGGUGGAGCGUCGGCGUGGGAGUGGAUCUGCGGCGAGGCGGCCGGAUUGGGCGAGGGGGCGGUGCGGCGCGCGUUGCGUCAGAUGGGCUUCCCGGCCACCGCGCAGCGCAAGCCCGUCUCAGCCCUGUCUGGCGGCGAGCGCACGCGUCUGUGCAUCGCGUCGAUGCUCCUCUCGCGCGCGAACUUGCUCGUGCUGGACGAGCCGACCAACCACCUCGACUUGCGCGCGCGAGAGUACUUGGGCGACGCGCUCCGGUCGUUCGACGGCGCGGUGCUCCUCGUCUCGCACGACCGCGCCUUUGCCGCGCACGUCGCCACGCGGGUGGCCGAGCUGCGCGGCGGGCGGCUUCACGCCGAGCAGGGCGACUACCGCGCGUACAUCGAGCGACGCGACGAGCUGCGCGCGCGGAUCGACCGCCGCGCCGUGUCCGCGGGGUUGCCGGCCGAAGGAGGCGAGCGCGGCGGCACAGACGGAGCCUCGUCCGAUCGCCCGUCCAAGCGGGCUGCCCGGCGGCGGCGGUCCUCGAGGUGAUUGUGAGAGGUAAAGAGCCGCGUUCAGGCCGGCCGUAGUGUGAGGGUUGUUUUUGGGGAGAGGGCGGCCCCCGCAAGCUCGCAGGUUGAGUGGAGGAGAAGCUCAGUCGACGGCAGAGGCCGGAGCUCCGUCUCCCGGCCCCCGCGUUACCCGCCGUUCUACCUAGUUCCUGUAGGUCUCCGUUAUCUCAUAUCAAUAUGGG